AAGAAGCCGAACUCCAUGAUCAGCCGUGUCCUUUGGCAAUGGCGGCUCUGGUUCGAGGCCACAUUCGUCUUCACGCUCUUGGAACCAUGGGAGAAAGCGUUCCUCAUGACCCUGCUCGCUGUGUUCACGACAAUGCUUGUCACAGGCCUCUACAAGUAUUUCCCGUACCAUGUCGCAUUCCUAUAUCGGCGUGGGAUGUACUACCUGCUGGGACAAGAGGGUACGGAA